AAGCGAGGCCAAGGCCUGGAGGGAAGGAGCCAGUUCCUGGUGGCUGUUGGGCAGUUCAGACAGCUCCCUGCUACACCAGCCAUGGUACUCCCUCUGCCCUGGCUCUCCUGUUGCUGCCGUCGCCUGCUCCUGCCUUCCUGGCCCCUGGCCCCCCAGAGCUCCUGGAGGUGCUGCUCCCAGAGCCCCAAGGCGAGCACAAAAGAGCAGACCAGCUCCACAAGCAGUGGGAAGAGGUCACCCCCAAGGGGUCCCAGGCCCCGCCCCACAGCUGAGCUGGCCCAAGCUGAGGAGUUGCUGGAGCAGCAGCUGGAGCUGUACCAGGCUCUUCUGGAAGGGCAAGAAGGGGCUUGGGAAGCCCAGGCCCUGGUGCUCAAGAUCCAGAAGCUGAAGGAACAGAUGAGGAGACACCGGGAGAGCCUAGGAGACGCCUAAACUUUCCAUCAGUUCCCAUUUUACCUUCCAACACUGGAAACACUACACACCACCCACACUGGGGCCUUUGGGUCAGAAACAUCCCAGCCCCUCCUAGGCCACUGAAAAAAAAAAAAAAAAAAAAAGGGAAGACACUUUCACAAAGGGCAGAAAUUGAAGUAGCAAGGAGCAAUGGCUUCUGCAGUCUUAGUCACAUCCCCCUCCCCCCCUCUGAUCCCUCCCAACUGACCUGAGCCCCACAGCAGGGCACACAGUCCUUAUAAGAAUGAAUAUACACUGAAUCAUGACCUAAUCUCACCCCAAACCCAAUAAAGGCAUGGAGCACUUACAGACACCACA